GUGGGGCCGACUGUCACUUUCUCAAGGGCGUGGCUCCAGUUGACGUUUACAUGCAGGUCCAUUAUUCAGAUCUAUUUGUUUUCAUCUGGCCACUUGUUAGCCUGUGAUGGCCUCGCUAUGAGACCGGUAUUGCUACUCGAUGUCUCGCUGUUGAUGAGCUUCAUUUAUGAGACACAUCUGCCUGGACUAGAUGAUUUUUAUCAUUGUAAAGAAUUCUCUUUAUUGCUCAUUGAAGGUUUAUAAUAAUAAAGAAUGUCUUUUUUGUUUGUCCCUCUGUCACCUGUCUCUCCAGGUAAAGUGAAGGCCCUGUACGACACUCAGACGCCCACGUGUCCAAUCUGUCAUGCUGUGCUGCGGCCAGGAGAGCUGCAAGAACACAUGGAGCAGGAAAUGGAGCGUCUAAUGCAGCUGCACAAUAGUCAGGUUCCCGCUCAAAAGGAGUGUCUUUCUGUUGGUGUGCCUAAGUCUCUGUUCUCAUUGCAUAUAAAGAGAGAGGGUUCCUCCUCUGCCUCCUCUCCACGUCCCGGAGAUGAGGCUGUGCACUCGGACAGGUACCAGACAUUUUUGCGAGUACGAGCAAACAGGCAAACAAGACUCAGUGUUAAGGAGCUCUGCUGGUGCAGGUGCUACGCCAAACAGAAAGUGAAAUCUGUUCAUGAUUGGCCUGACUGUGGAUUCCCACAUGUUUCCUCUUGCCCACUGUCUGCACGAACUGGGAAACUGAAAAGACGGAAAGCAGAGGAAGAUCAGAGAGACAGUGUGUGUGUUGUUGAUGAUGGCUCUGUGCUGACAGCCGGGAGGGAUUUCGAAUGGGCCGAACAGAGAAGAGUACAGAUGGUUUCUGUUCUCAGAGGCUUCAGCGGUUUGGUGAGCAGCACAUUGAAAGAACAUCAGGACAGUGAUGCAGAUCUGGAUGUGGACGGUGAUGAUACUUUGGAAUAUGGAAAAGCACAAUACACAGAGGCAGAUGUGAUUCCCUGUUCAGGAAAUGAACCCAGAGAUGCAGAGGAGAGGCCGGCGUUAAGAGGAGCUGUUUUAAAUGAUGACACAACUAGCAGGUUAUCUCCAAAGCAAACCAAGUUGGCAAACUCAGAAACUCCUACGACAAGCAAUGGAGAGUUUGACAACAAUAGAAGCACAACAUCUCCUACAACCUGUAAGAACAGCGAGUUAGAGAUCUUACCGGAGGACCCCUCCCUCAGUACGCUGGAGGUCCUGAAAACACGGAUCAGAGAUCUGGAGAAGCAGCUCACACGAGGGGACAGGUUCAAGUGUCUCAUCUGCAUGGACUCCUACACAGUACCUCUGACCUCCAUCCAGUGCUGGCAUGUCCACUGUGAGGAAUGCUGGCUUCGCACCUUGGGAGCUAAGAAACUGUGUCCACAGUGCAACACUAUCACCUCACCCGGGGACCUGAGACGAGUGUAUUUGUGAAGAGUUACAGCUGUGCUGUCAUCUGCCUGUUUGCACUCUAAACAAACGGAUCACUUUUACUGAGGGGAACCUUUCUGGGCUGAUGCAAAACUUAGAGGACGUCUUGCCUAACAGAGUCAUUGCCCAAAAGGUUC